AUGAUUGUGUUACGCUCAAUCAGUUCCGCUGACAAAGUGGUCAAAGAAGCAUCCCAUCUCUGCAUCAAACAAAAAACUACGAGCCUCAAAUCUGUUACUCUCACUUUCUAUCGCUUUGGAACAGCGAAAGAGCUUAGAGUUGAGCGGGAUGGAAAUAUUAUUGAAUGUGAUUUAAGGGAAGAACAAGAUCAGUCGGAACAAGAAUUUUCUCUCACUCUAAAAAGUGGUUUAUUUUCUCUUCAUUCGUCUUUUGUUAUUUUCCAUGAUGAAAAGCGAAUGUUAGAAGUUUGUUUAGAAAAGCCUUGGUUUCCAUGGUGCAGUUCUUCGUAUAGUUAUCAGGAUAGUUUGCACUUGUUAGUGAAAAUAUGUAAUUCCAGCACCAUCAAAAUAUCGAGACUGGAUAUUAGAAAUAUUUGGGAAUUAAUAGUGAGAGAACGAUUGGGAAUUAAUUCUAGAGAUUUUUAUUAUGAUUGCAUUCAUAACUUGAAACUAUGCAUUGAAUCAAAAACUGAUCAAGAAUACUAUCUAAAAGAAUCUGUCGAUUAUGCCUAUUCAGAAGUUCUUGAGAAAAGAACAGGAUAUCCUUUAGAAAACUCUGGCUUGUAUUCUCUAAUUCAAGAUGUUCAACAUUUUGAAUUGGCAAAGCCAGUAUUUAAAUACAUCACUGGUUUUGAACUCACCCUUGAUUUAGUAGAAAUAAUUACAGAAAGAAAACGAAGAAAAAUUCAAUGGCAAGAUUUGUUGAAUGAAAUUUCUCUUUGUUAUUGUGAAAACUCAUCUGAAUUGGAUCCUCUAUUUCAACAUUUAAACUUUAUAGCAUCACAAAAGCAAGAUGAAGGACACGGUUUGAUUGAUGUAGACUAUCUAAAUACUGCGUUAUUGAUACAGUAUUUUAAAGAAAGUUGGAAAUUAUCACAGAAACAAUUUUGUAAUGUUUAUAAUAUUGACAUAGGUAAUUUUAGUGCUUGGUUGAGAGGAAAACACGAAAGUCUAUCGUCAGAAAUGUCUGUAAAAUUAUUCUUAACAGACUCGAAAACAACACCAAUUGUGUACAAACCCAAAGAAGAUGUUAAGAAGUUUGUUAUAUCGAGUUUAGGAGAAUUGCCUGAACAUAUUAUGGAACUGAAUGAUAUUGAUUUGAUACAACUGUGGAAAUUGUCUUGGACUUCAACACAAAACGAGUUUUGUAAAAUUUUUAAUAUUGACCCAUGUAAUUUUAGUGCUUGGUUGAGUGGAAAACGUAAAAGUUUAGCAUCCAAAUUGGCAAUCCAAUUAUACCUCAAAGAUUUUGCUCUACACCGCUAUUAG